GAAUCCGUAUUUUUCCUGCUGAAAACAAUCCGCAAGAUUACGCUUGGAGAAGAGCUGCAAUGGAAUUAUGGACGAGCGUUCGACUUUGGACCGGUGAAAACAUGCCCGUGUCAAGUGUGCAAAGGAGCGUGCCACUACAAAACGUGCCAAGGGAAGCAGCCGCAUGGAACGGUGUGA